AUCUCCCUGAAACAAAGACCUGUCCUUAUAUCUCACAGAGCAGUGCAACACACACACACACACACUCACUCACUCAGAUAGAUACGUAGAUGGUCGCACGCACACACAGACUCGCAGACGUGUGCACACUCACACACGCAGACAGACACCUAGAUGCUCGUACACUCACACUCACGCACACACAGAUGCACAGACGUGUGCGCACACACACACACAGACGAUCACACACCACAGCACACACACACACACAGACGAUCAAACACCACAUCACACACACACACACCACAGCACACACACACACACACAGCUGGAAAGAACAGAGGCAGAGACGGACAGGGGGAACAAAACAGAACAGAGGGAGUGAGCAAAAGAGAGAGAGAGAUAGAGGGAACAGGGAGUGAGAGAGAGGGAGAGAGGGAAGAGUGAGAGCAAUAGAGAGAGGGAACAGAGAGAAGAGGAGGAAGCCUGCAGAUAUGGGCAUUGUUAUGGGGACGUUUUCCAUGCAGACAAAGCAAGUCAGCUAUCGCAAAGAUAAGGUGGAUGAUGACUUGGAGAUGACCAUGGUUUGCCACAGGCCGGAGGGCCUGGAUCAGCUGGAAUCACAGACGAACUUCAGUAAGAGGGAGCUACAGGUGCUCUAUCGUGGCUUCAAGAAUGAGUGCCCGAGUGGUGUUGUUAAUGAGGAGACGUUCAAACAGAUCUACGCACAGUUCUUCCCCCAUGGAGAUGCAAGCACGUAUGCACAUUAUCUAUUCAACGCAUUUGACUCCGCCCACAAUGGCUCCAUCAAAUUUGAGGACUUUGUGAUGGGUCUCUCCACACUGCUCAGAGGUUCUGUAACAGAGAAGCUCCAGUGGACAUUCAACCUGUACGACAUCAACAAAGACGGAUACAUCAGCAAGGAGGAGAUGACUCAGAUUGUAUCUGCUAUCUACGACAUGAUGGGGAAGUACACCUACCCUGCUCUGAAGGGAGAUGUUCCUCGGCAACACGUGGAUGCUUUCUUUGAGAAAAUGGACAAAAACAAAGAUGGAGUCGUCACUUUGGAAGAAUUCAUUUUAGCAUGCCAGGAGGAUGACACCAUGAUGAGAUCACUGCAGCUCUUUGAGAAUGUGAUGUAGAGAGAGGGAGGGAGGGAGGGAGGGAGGGAGAGAG